CCACCGCCUGUAAUAAUUAACGGCCAGGAGGAAUUCCAUGUAGAAGCAAUUGUGGAUAGCAGAAUUCGACGGGGAAGGGAGGAAUUCGAGGUAAAAUGGUUAGGAUACACAGGGAAUGCUGCCUAUGACUGGGAACCACGAGAAAAUGUCGAAGAUCUGGCCGUGUUUGACGAAUUCCUAGAAAAGAGGAAAACAGACCCCAGAAGGAAGUGA